AUGGCUGCGUCGACCUCGACCUCCGGCAAUCGGGACCUCCCUGCAUCCAAGUAUGACCUAAGCACUUACUGGGGUCGGGUUAGGCAGUCCGCAGAGCUAUGCGAUCCAAGGACCCUGUUUGUGUCUGCAGAUGGCCUGGAAAACGCAAAGAAACUGAUUGAGUCGUAUAAGGGCGGCCAGCUGCUGUCCAUGACGCCGGAGUUAUGGCAUGCGAAGAAAGUGGUAGACUCAACACUUCAUCCCGAUACUGGCGAACCGGUGUUUUUCCCCUUUCGCAUGUCAUGUUUCGUCCUCUCCAACUUGAUUGUGACGGCGGGCAUGCUCACACCUGGCUUGGGCACAACGGGAACACUUCUGUGGCAGAUAGGCAACCAGUCGCUUAACGUUGCUAUCAACAAUGCCAAUGCUAACAAGUCCACUCCUCUUUCUACCUCUGCCAUGGUCAAGUCGUACCUGAUGGCCGUCUCGGCGUCAUGCUCUGUUGCCCUGGGCCUCAAUGCGAUGGUCCCACGGCUCAAGGUGGCGCCCAAUACAAAGCUGAUACUCGGCCGUCUUGUCCCCUUUGCUGCCGUGGCUACAGCCGGUGCUCUAAACGUCUUCUUGAUGCGCGGCGAGGAGAUCAGACAGGGCAUUGACGUCUAUCCCGCCGAGCCAAAGAACAGGAGCGCGGGCGCAGAAGUCAAGAGUGAGGGCGCCGAGGUGCAGAGUCUCGGAAAGAGUAAGAAGGCGGCUACUCUGGCUGUGGGCGAGACGGCCAUCAGCCGAGUAUUGAACUCGACUCCCAUCAUGGUUCUGCCGCCAUUGAUACUCGUUCGUCUGCAGCAGAUGCAGUGGCUCAAGACCCGGCCACGACUGGUUCUUCCAGUCAACUUGGGCCUAAUUCUAACGACAUCCAUCUUUGCCUUGCCUCUGGCCCUGGGCGCGUUUCCCCAGCGCCAGGCCGUGCAAGCAUCCUCUCUGGAGGAAGAGUUCUGGGGCCGUGGUGGAAGCACCGGCCUAGUUGAGUUCAAUCGUGGCAUCUAACCGGACCACCUUGCUUGACAUUUAACCUUUUUCAUAUUUUCUGCUAUUUUCUGCUAUUCCCCGGGCUUUAUGACAUUUGCAGAGCCUUGUUUUUUUUUCCUCUCUCUCUCUUCUGACUAUGUUGUCUAUUUGGGUUCGCUGACUGCAGGCCCGGGCCAGUCGUAGCGAGGCGUCCUAGAUUG